AUGUCCGACGGCGGCGUCAGCGAGCCCGGCGCCGCGCCGGUGUGUAACUUUAUCCGGAAGCCACCGAAGAAUAUUCGGAAGCGUCCCGCCGCGUCUGCCGGCUCCGAUGACGAAGAAGGCCGCGACGACGAUUCGGGCGUCAUCGCGGCGACGCGCUCUAGGAAGCCGCCGUCUACUACCAGCAAGCUCUUCUUCUCAUCCGCCGUCAACUCCUGCGAGCCCCGCCGGUUCCAGUUCGAGUCGUCCAGGACAAUCCAGUCCUCCACCGACAACCGCGCCACCGCGACGCUCGAGACGGAGACGGCGUACGACCGCGACGCGCGCGCCAUCCGCGAGCGACAGCUCAAGCAGGCCGAGGCGUCCGUCAAGAACGACCCCACCGCCUCCGGCUCCUCCUCCGGGGAUGUCUACAAGGGGAUCAACGGGUACACGGAUCACAAGGCUGGAUUCCGGCGGGAGCACACGGUGUCCGGAGAGAAGGCCGCUGGCGCGCACGGCCCGCUGCGGGCGCCGGCGUACAUACGCAACUCCACGCAGAUCGACUACCAGCCCGGCAUCUGCAAGGACUACAAGCAGACGGGGUACUGUGGCUACGGCGAUGCCUGCAAGUUCAUGCACGACAGAGGUGACUACAAGUCUGGGUGGCAGCUCGAGAGGGAGUUUGACGAGGCCGCGAAAGUCCGCAAAUGAUGCAUAA